UUUCACACCGAGGGUGCUGUGUACAACCCCCUUUUGGGUCCAUCAAACAUCUCGAAAAUCCACAGCUAAAACGUGUUCCCCCCUCCCGAUGCUGGUACCAGUCGAGAAACUCAAGUGCCAGUGGUCGAAUCGUGAGGCUCCCUUCCAGCCUUGACAUUCAAUUUUUUAACAAUUUUUUACAACAUUUAAUCGUUAACAAUUUCAUAAAAACGUGACGUGCCGUGAAAUUAAAAAAAAAACAAUAUCGGUUCAUCAAUUAUUUGAAUUUUGACGGAUCAGUCAGUGACAAUAAACGCAAUCGAUGAUAUUGUGAUUUAGAUAUUUUUAAAAAAUUGAGAAACGUUUGUUAUUUACUAAUACAUUAUAAUGGCACCAAUGAUUGAACGCCACGGACGUAUUGGUUCGAAUAUUGUUCUCGGGAGUGAUCCAUACGUUGCGAGCUGGCGACAGAAACAGGCACUCCAGAAAAAAACAGUUCGUCUAGUCGAAGGUCACUGUGGUCCAUCAGACACCGUGGAUCUACACUACCCCCGUCACUUGGAUCAUCAAAAUAAUAACAAAAAUUAUCACCUAAACAACAACAACGAGGAUCACUCGCUAAACUCCCACAAUUGUCUGGGGACUCAACCACAGGGCGGUGUAAUGAAGGAGAAGAGCAAGAACGCAGCGCGUUCGAGGCGCGAAAAAGAAAACACCGAGUUCCAAGAGCUCGCUAAAUUAUUACCACUGCCAGCAGCAACAACAUCACAAUUGGACAAAGCAAGUGUCAUAAGAUUGACAACAAGUUACCUCAAGAUGCGAGCGGUAUUCCCCAACGGUUUAGGAACAGAAUGGGGAGCUCCAACGCCAACAAUCAACGAUCCUCGAGACGCUGCCAUAAAAGAACUGGGAUCUUACCUCCUCCAAACUCUCGAUGGAUUUAUUUUCGUUGUUGCACCAGACGGCAAAAUAAUGUACAUAAGUGAAACAGCAAGUGUUCACCUGGGUCUUUCACAAGUUGAAUUAACUGGAAACAGUAUAUUCGAGUACAUUCACCCGAUUGAUCACAACGAGAUGCUCGAUGUAUUGAGUUUACCCCUGCCCGGUUCAGGACGUGCCUUUCCCCCGCCAAAUGCACGGGGUAACAUCGAGCUUGAGCGUGCCUUCUUCCUCAGAAUGAAGUGCGUUUUAGCUAAGAGAAAUGCUGGAUUAGUAACAUCAGGAUGGAAGGUGAUUCACUGUUCUGGAUAUUUAAAAGUCAUAGCCCGUGGCCCUUCCUACGAGGAGUACCAAACAAUCGGUCUGGUUGCCGUAGGUCACUCCCUUCCACCCUCAGCAAUAACGGAGAUAAAACUUCAUCACAAUAUGUUCAUGUUCCGUGCAUCGUUGGAUCUCAAACUCAUAUUUCUCGAUGUUAGUGUGAAAGACCUUACGGGCUAUGACCCCCAGGAUUUGAGCGAAAAAACACUGUACCAUUACGUUCAUGGAUGCGAUGUUUGGCACCUUCGAGAGUCACAUCAGAUACUAUUACUGAAGAGUCAAGUAACAACAAAAUACUACAGAUUUCUAACGAAAUCCGGUGGCUGGGUAUGGAUGCAAUCCUAUGUGACAAUCGUUAACAACUCCAGGAGUUCAAGACCCCAAUGUAUAGUAUCUGUUAACUACGUACUAUCCGAUAAGGAAGCAGAACACUUAGUUCUAAACUCAGAACAGAAAGCAUCAACAAUACCUGGAAAUCAACCAUCAGCUCCUUUGUCAUCAAACUGCGGUAUAUCUCGUGAUAUGGCCGUUGAAGAAUCACAAUGCAGUCCAAGUCCACCGUAUCUUCAGCGAACUAGUGAACCUCAGGUAGUUGAUUUUGCUGAGACAGCGUAUUCCAACUCGGGUGAAUAUAUGUCAUCAGGACAUAUGAAUCAUUAUCAGCCGAGUUAUCCGACGGCUCAAAAUACUCCACAUCAAGGGUCUGGUCCAGGGGGUGGAGGCAGCAUUCACGAGGAUACCAAUAAUUAUUAUCCACUGGAACUUUUUUAUCAAUAUGCUGCAAUGACCCCCGAUGGUCACGCAGGACCUCAGCCCCACUUGUUGCAUCAUAACAAUCAGAACAUCCAACAACCCCAAGCCCAGCAACACCCAAACAGCCCCCAGCAUCAUCACCAGCAGAAAAAGCCCCCCUACUCAUCCCCCUCGAGUUCCUGCGGUAGCUACGACGUCCCUGAAAACUGUGGACACUUGUCAAGUCCCCUCACCAACAACAGCCCCUACCAACCAAACGUCCCUCACAACAAUCAUCUUCAUCAUUGUCAUCAAAUGCUGGACGAUCACUCAUCACCUUCAGAAGGCUACGCCGACACAGCCGUUAGCUAUGUUCAUCCAAGUUGUGCAUUCAAUGAUAACAAUAACUCGUGCUUUGUUGGUAACGGUGCUAACUCGACGAUGCAAAAUCAUCACCCUCAUCAUCCCCAUCAGACAUACUCACCAACAGCUGGAACGAGUCAUCAUCAUGUUGUGGAUUUACGACACGUGGAAAGUCCAAUUUACACGAGUGUUAUAGUGGAGUCACACCAGUACAACUCAAGUAGUGUACCAAGUAUACAUCAGAGUGUUCAUGGACAUCAACAGGGAGGAGUUAAAGGGGAUUCACCUGGUGAUGCUGGAGCUAAUGUUACAACAGCCCCGGGCAAUUCUCCAACCCCUAAUAAUCCAACUUUUACAGCAACACCCCUCACAACGUCGGUAACUACUUCAAAGUCAGAGCCCGUUUCACCAGUGUCAAAUGGAAGCAAGUGCGAGGCUAUGAAUCUCAUUGGAAAAACUGGCAUUUGUCAGGACAGAAAUGAAUUUUCUAUGUACUCGAAGUGCGAUGAUAAGAGUGUUCAUGAUCGUCAGGCUAUCACGAAAUACUCAUUUAUCGCGGGAUUUUCGGGAACGUAAUCCAUUGAUUCGUUCUAUCGUGUUAUUUACUAGGUUUUUAAUUAUUGAUUAAAGGGGGAAAUUGU